AUGCCCUGCACAGACGUCUCGCUCUUCACAGCUGAAGAAUUUGAAACAUUGCUGGAGCCAACGUACAGGACGUUGGUGGCAUGGACACACGAAGCCGAAUCGUUCAAGACACCAGCGCACCCGCAGCUGGCAGCUUCAACAUUGAAACUUACGCUCAAGGAGAAAGGGUGCUCGCGGGAUGAAAUUCAAGUCGAAGUACAAGAAGCGUUGCGCCGGAGCGUCAAUCCGUGGACAGGCCGCUUUUGGGAAAAGCUUUACAGUAAACCCGAUCCAGUUGGAGUCAUCGGCGACAUGGUCAUGGCAUGCUCGAACGCAAGCGGGCACGUCGAAUCGGCCAACCCUUUCUUUGCUCAAGUCGAAGUCUUUUGCGUCAAAGAGCUUGCCAAAGUGUUUGGGCUGGACACAAACCUUUGUGAUGGUGUCACAAUGCCCGGAGGCAGCGCUUCCAACACAACUGCUCUUCAAGCAUGUCUGAGCUCCCAGUUUCCAAGUUUCAGAGAAAGGGGAGUGGCGGGGAUCUACAACGACUUGAUGAAGGAGCGCAUUCGUUCAGGACACGAUCCUUCUUCCUUGGCGAUGCAGUGUCUUCCCAGGUUCCUUAUCUUUGCCAGCGACCAUUGCCAUUACUCUAUCGAGCAGUCGGCGGUGGCUUGCGGUUUAGGCACCGACUCAGUCGUCAAAGUCGCUUGCAACGACAACGGCCAAAUGUCGAUCGAAGCUCUUCGAGCAGAGAUACGAAAAGCUUGCAUCAACGGUCAUGUUCCGCUCUUUGCAUGCGCUACAGCGGGUACUACGGUGCUUGGCGCGUUCGAUGACAUCUCGGGCAUGGCGUCGGUCUGUCGAGAAUACCGAUUGUGGUUGCACAUUGAUGCCUCUUGGGGCGGACCUGCCAUUUUCUCGCCGACGACGCAGCACCUUUUCCUGGGCAGUCACUUCGCAGAUUCGGUGACAAUCAACCCUCAUAAGCUGCUCGGCAUACCGCACCAAUGCAGUUUCUUGCUCUUCGGCAACAAGCGGUCGGCUUCUCGAUUGAAAGUUGAGGCGCCGUAUUUGUUCCAUCUAGAGAGGUUGGCCGAGUCACCACGAAGCGUGGUCCCGCUUCUACCAACGAAACAAGAGGCACCGAAGCUCGACCAAGCAACCAAGACCUUGGGCUGCGGCCGACGACCUGACGCGUUCAAGUUCUACCUCGCCUGGAAGCGACAUGGCAGUCACGGCUUCGGUCAACGCAUCACGAAUGCUCUCAAGCAGGCUCAGAAGCUGCGCGACUACCUGGUGAACAAGACAGAGAGUCUGCAGCUUGAACUGGGCUCGGUACCUUCCCCGCCGUUCCUGCAGGUAUGCUUCCGACCCAUCCCACCUUGGACAUCAAACGCUGCACACGCGGACAAUCUCUCAAACGCAUGUAUCGUCCACGUUCACGCUUCGUUCAAGAACACCCGCUUCGCUGUCGACUUUGCGCCCAUGCCAAACACUACCAAUCUCUACAUCAGGCUGGUUGUGCAUCCAUACGCCAAGUGGGAUGACCUCGUCGAGCUGCUGAAGUACGUUUCCGAGGAAGGUACGCAGUUCUACGCCAGGGCCGAGCAGCAACAGCAGCUGUGGUGUGAUCCCCCACCGCCAGUAUCAACUUCACUUAAACAGGAUCGAAUUUGA